CACGGGACGAGAUGUGCCGGACAGAUAGCGGCAGUGGCCAACAACAAGAAGUGCAUUGUUGGGGUGGCUUUCAAGGCCACUAUUGGAGGUAUCCGCAUGUUGCAGGAGGUGCAGACUGACGCCCAGGAAGCGCACGCCUUAAGCUUCAAACCGAACUUCAUUGACAUCUACUCGAACAGCUGGGGUCCCAACGAUGGCGGCAAGAUUGUGGACGGACCAAAGACUCUCACACAGACUGCCCUUCUCAAAGGUGUCACGGAGGGGCGCAGAGGAAAGGGUUCGAUCUUCAUCUGGGCAUCAGGGAACGGCGGGGGAGGCCCGCAUGAUUCGUGUGGUGCAGAUGGAUACGCCAGCAGCAUGUACACCAUUUCCAUCAGCGGCGUCACCGAUAAGAACACCAAACCAUUCUUUCUCGAGAAGUGCUCGUCCACCCUGGCAUCUGCAUACAGUGGCGGGGACCAGAUUGGCAUGCAAAAUAUUGUAACAACGGACAUCCGGAACCAGUGUGGCGAACACACGGGUACCUCGAGUUCUGCUCCAAUUGCUGCUGCCUUAUGUGCUCUGGCGCUCCAAGCCAAUCCCGACCUGACGUGGCGAGACAUGCAGCACAUCAUCGUUGAGACUUCCAGGACUGAGCCACUGAAGGACGCAAAGUGGGUCACCAAUGGAGCUGGCAAGCUCGUUAGUCACAUGUACGGAUUCGGACUGAUGGAUGGUUUGGCCAUGACUCAGUUAGCAGAACAAUGGAGAACUGUGCCAAAGAGGCAUACCUGCGUCGGACCCUACCAUCGAGUUGACAAGUAUGUGCCCUUCCAGAAAGGAAUCAACUUCAACAUAACAACCAACGGAUGUGAGGACGUGACGGAUGACGUCAUCAAUUACUUGGAGCACGUGCAAGUGGUCGUUUGGUUGGAGUACGACUUCAGAGGCUACCUGCAGAUCACCUUGGAGUCACCGGCUGGCACGCAGAGCACCCUGAUGUACCCCAGGGACAUGGACUACUUGAAGGGGGCCUUCUCAAACUGGACGUUCAUGUCGGUUUUUUAUUGGGGGGAGAAUCCCAGAGGUACCUGGAAGUUGAAUGUCACCAAUGUUGGCUUGCUCAUUGGCAAUGGUCAGUUGUUUGUGUCUGUCUGUCUUGUUGUGUUUUGUGUGUCGUUUUUGUUGUUUGUUUGA